AUGCGAAUAGAGAAGUGUUGGUACUGCUCGGGGAAUAUCUACCCGGGCCACGGGAUAUUCUUCAUCCGAAACGACGCGAACAUAUUCCGCUUCUGCCGGAGCAAAUGUCACAAGCACUUUAAGGCUAAACACAACCCGCGGAAAGUGAAAUGGACCAAGGUCUACAGAAAGGAAAGGAAUAAGGAGCUGAACACGGACAAAACGUUCGAAUUUGAAAGAAUGAGGAGUGAGCCAGUAAAGUACGAUCGAGAUUUAUAUAUAAAAACAAUCAACGCUAUGAAACAAAUAGAUAAAAUAAAGGAGGCAAGAAAAAUGAGAUUUUACAAGAACAGGAUUAAGGAGAUAUCGGAUAAAAAAAUAAACUUGUCUUUAAAUUACAUUAAGAAAAAUCCUGCUCUUUUAAGAAAUACCCAAUUUGAAGGUGUGCUUAGCGAACUCAUGAAUGAACAAGAGAGGGAGGAUGUGGAUUUCUCUCUUGUGAAGGGUACCUUUGACCAGGAGGAACUUAUUAAGAAGGACAUGCAGGAGAUGGGUCAGAAGUUCUCAGCAGAUGUUAAUUCGAUUAGGGACAUACAGGGAAUGGAACACCAGAAGGAGAACCAGAAUUUGGAGUUAGCUUAG